AUGUCGUUGUAUAAAGUGGACUUCAAACCGAGCGCUUUAGCGCGAUCGAUAUCGAAAGAUACGACCAAUCAACACGCCAAUCCUCCCGGAUUUAAUAGCAAUAACGGAACGAAGACGACGAGCGAAGGCAGCGGCGGUAGUGGUAGUGGUGGCACGAACGAUGGUAAGAAAGGAAAACCUCCAAUCGUUCCAAAAAGAGAUGAAGAGAAGAUGCGACAGUUUAGAAUACGAAACGCGUAUAAAUUCGCGCAGAGUUCGUUUUCGGGGGUGAUGAUGACGGGAGUGAUGAUGUGGUUCACCGGAAACGGGAUUCAAAUUUUUAGCAUUAUGGUCACUUUCAACGGCUUAUUCCAACCGAUUAAAGCUAUAUUAACGAGUGGGAAAACUUUUGAACGUUUCGGCGAUAAGAACACCGACGUGACGACGCCGCGGUUGAUGUAUUGCGUGAUACAGUUGAUGGGUUUAGCGUUAGCGUUGAGAAAGUUGAACGCGAUGGGUUUGUUGCCAACCCAUGCGAGCGAUUGGUUGAGUGGAUUGAAACCUCCCGUGUUUUACGAGAGAGCCUACGGUGGCACGGAAAUGUAA